UUUGCAUAGGUGCGUGUGUGUGUUCGCGCGGGUGCGCGUGUGUAAAAAUCUAGGAAGUAACUUCUCGACCGGGACAACGUCGAGGUGGAGACACAUUUAAAUCCUCGACAUCUGAAACAAAAGUGUGAUUUGAAGGAGGAACUUCUUCUUCGCAGAGAUGUCAGUGAUUUGAAACGGAGCGAGAACCGUUUCCUGUCUCACCUUUUCUCUCUCCGGAGGCUCAGGUGAGGAAAGUUUCAGCUUUUCUCUGACUCUGUUUCACUGGAGCUGCAGGAGCGCGUCUCCUCUCCUCGCUGUCGUUGGGAGUUUUUCAGCUGUUAAAGAUGAGAUGAGCGGUCUGUGGAAGCUGGCAGAGAGUUGGCACAGUGAGUUAUGCUGAAGUCUGCCUCCUUGUAUCAGGAUGAGCACUACGGAUGGAGCCGGGGCCCCUGAGCAGGAUGGAAGGGCCCGAGUUGUGCAGAUCUACCCCAGGGUGUCCCAGAACACAGCUGCCUACUGUCCCCUGCAGGUGAGCAGCGGGGACACGGCGAGAUCUAUCAUCCACAAUGCUAUCAUCACUCUCGGGCUGGAGUCCAGCCAGAAGUACGCCCUGCUGGAGGUCAGGAAGAGCGAUGGAGAAGAGAGGCCGCUGGAAGACGGCGAGUUUCCUCUGGAUCGAGUCCUGCUGUGGCCUCCAGAGGCACAGAGGUGGCAUCCUCAGGGCAAGGGCCACUACUUCAUCCUGCAGCAGCUGCAGCAAGCCAACGGAGGCAACCAAGAGAGCAGCACCGAGGACUAUGAUGACCUCUGUAACCUCCCAACUGUGACUGAGGAGAGUAUUCUGGAGGCUUUACGCCAACGCUUCUACAAGUUAAAAAUCUACACCUACGUCAGCAACAUCCUUAUCGCCAUCAAUCCCAAUAAGAUCCUUCCUGUUUACUACAACCCCAAGUACAUCAAGAUGUAUGAGAACCAGCCACUGGGCAAACUAAGCCCUCAUAUAUUUGCGGUAGCGGACGUGGCCUUCCGUACCAUGCUCAGCAGGCAGGUUAACCAGUGCAUUGUCAUAUCUGGAGAGAGUGGCUCAGGGAAGACGGAGAGCAGCAGUUAUCUCGUCCACUGCCUGACCGCACUCAGCCAGAAGACAUACUCCACCGGGCUGGAGCGGACCAUCCUCGGGGCGGGACCGGUGCUGGAGGCUUUUGGCAACGCGAAGACUGCAAAGAAUAACAACUCCAGUCGCUUUGGAAAGUUCAUCCAGCUCCACUACCUGGAGAGCGGCAUCAUCAGAGGGGCAGUUAUUGAGAAGUACCUACUCGAAAGGUGCCGCCUGGUGUCCAGAGAUAAGACGGAGAGGUAUGAUGAAGACAGAAACUACCACGUGUUCUACUAUCUGCUGGUGGGAGCGUCCAAAGAUGAGCAGGAGGAGUUUCAUCUGCUAAAGCCGCAGGAUUAUGUCUACCUCAAGCAGGUCUUCCUCAAUCUUAUAGACGAUGAGGAGAAACUUGGGCAGGAGUAUAAAAGGCUCCAUCAAGCCAUGGAAAUGGUUGGCUUCCUGGCCUCCACCAAGAAACAAAUAUUUUUCACGCUCUCUGCCAUCCUCCACCUGGGCAACGUGACGUACACCGUGUCAGAGGAGACUCAGGUGCUGGAGGUCGGACCUGCUGAGGUCUUGUCAACACUGUCUGUCCUGCUCAAGGUGAAAAAAGAGCUGCUUGUGAAGACUUUGACCAAGAGGAGAAUCGUGACUCCCGACGCCACCAUAGAUUAUCCGUACACACUAGAAGAGGCCUCCAAAAUGCGGGACUCCAUGGCGAAGUCUCUGUACAGUGCUCUGUUUGACUGGAUGGUCCUUCACAUCAACCAUGCAAUGCUCAAUAGACGAGACAUGGAGGAGUCCGUCUCCUGUUUGUCCAUCGGUGUGUUGGACAUGUUUGGAUUCGAGAACCUCCAGACAAACAGUUUUGAGCAGCUGUGCAUCAACUACACAAAUGAAACGCUGCAGUAUUACAUCAACAAGAACAUCUUCAAGCUUCAGCAGGAGGAUUACGUGUCGGAGGGCAUCACUUGGCAGAACAUUGGCUACAGCGACAACAGUGACUGUAUUCAGCUGAUCAGCAAGAAAUCCACCGGAAUCUUCGACCUGCUGCACGUCGACGACGACGACGACCUCCCUGAGGCCACAGAUGAAACCUUGAUGGACCAGCUGAAGCAGCAGCAUCGCAACAACUCCAGUUUUGUACCUAGUCCAAACAAAACGCUGACUUUUGGCAUCCGACACUUUGCGGGGACUGUUGAAUAUCACAUCAAGGACUUCAGAGAGAAAAACUCGGAGCACAUGCGUCCUGAAGUCGUGUCUCUGCUCCGCAGCAGUGAGCGGUCGUUCCUGCAUCACCUGGUUGCAUCCAGCCCAGAGGCGCUGUUCAGAUGGGGCGUCCUCCGAGCCACCAUUCGAAUCCUCUCAGUGUUCAGAAACUUGGGACGCCAGCGGGCAGAACAGGAUCCUAUUGUCACCACAGCAGCCAGAAGAACCUCCUACAAAUCCCUCAGAGCAAUCAAACAGCGCAGCAGUCCCGUGGACCGACUAUCCAGCACCAGCCUCACUCUGGAUUUCUCCUUCGAUCGCUCUGAUGAACAUCCUCUUGACGUAUUUGAAGACAUCUUCACCAGUUAUGAAAUGAGAAAGAAGAGUAGAGGAGGUCGACAGAAGCAGCUCAUUCCAAAGAAACUCAUGGAUUUGCGGUCACUCCAACAUAUUGUUGGUCUCACUGCACACGACCGAACCAGCAAAUCCAUCUUCCACCCUCACCAGAGAGCGAGGCCGCCCACAGUCAGUGCUCAGCUUCAGGCUUCGCUCAGAAAGCUGAUGGAGACGAUUGGGAAAGCUGAGCAUUUCUUCAUUUUCUGUCUUCGCUCCAAUGCUGAAAAGAAGGAGCUGCACUUUGAUGAUGAACUGGUGCUGCAGCAAAUCAGGUACACAGACAUGCUGCAGAUGAUUCACAUCCAGAAGACUGUCUACAGCGCUAAAUACACAUUCAUGGAAUUUGUGGAGAAGUUCAGGAUGUUAUUCCCAAAAGGAGCAAGUGGAGCUCCAGAGCACAUAACUGAGCUGUUUGAGAGGAUGAAGCUGGACACGUCCACUUACCAAAUAGGAAAGACCAAGGUUUUCCUCAAGGAAAAGGAGAGGCAGCUGCUCCAAGACAAACACAACAAAGAGGUGAUGCGUCGCAUCAUCAUACUGCAGCGCUGGUUCCGUGCCUGUCUCAUAAGACGGCACUUUCUGCAAAAGAAAGAUGCCACAGUCCUUAUACAGAGGAGCUGGCGUGAGUUUUAUGAGAAUCAAAAUCAAGCUGCGACAGUGAUCCAGACGGCGUGGAGGACUUCCCUGAAGAGGUCAAAUCAGCAGGACGAGAAGACGACGUCUAACACUCGACUUGGAAGGGACAGCUUGACAAAAAAAGAGUUAAAGAGGCAGCAUAAAGUGGAGCUGAGCCCCAACAGGACCCAGAGGCCCGACCCCGUCAACAGCCAGACUGCACAGAGGGACCAGAGCAGGGAGAAACGAGAGGGCAGAGGAUCCCCGCCACUUCUCAACAGACCCCUCUCCUUACCUCUGGACCCUAAAGUUGACAGUGAGGAUCGCUCCCCCAGCCCCUCGAACAGCAGCUCGCUUCAGCGCUACACAGACAUGGAGGGUUUCAAGGAAAAGGCCGAGAAGUGGAAGGAAAGAAAGAGUGAGGGCGAACCGACGGAUGAGUCGAGUCCAGAAAUAUACAGACGAAAAGACAAUAGGAAAGAUGACUAUUACCGAAAAGGAAAAUCCAUGUCUGUCGAUGAACUGUCAAAGAUCAGCUCAUCGGGCUCUGAUAGUUCACCUUCCACCAAUGAGGGCCGGGUACGCCUCCGAAAGCUGCCCAAACGCAAACGGCGCUUAGCCUACGCCCGCAGCGGUUUGAUGAUUAACUUUGCGGGCUCCAAGGAGAGUGAAUACUGGAGCUUUCCGCUGCCUCCCAUGAGCCCCCACGUGCACACCUUGAAGAGCUCGGUCAGUAGCAUGGAUGUCCGGGCCCUCAAAUCCCAGGUCAAGAUUUCAGCUGAGCCUGAUGGGUCGAGGUUCAGCCUCCCGCCCAGGACGAGCAAUGAGAACUCAGGACAACAUGGGUCAAACCAAUCACACCUCACAACUCCUGAGAAGAUUUGGUUUCUCAGCAGAUUCCUCAGGAAACGGGCACCAAAACUUUCCCCAGUGAGCAGUGACUCUCCUUCAGAUAAAACCGUCACCCUGCCCAGCUACACUCCACAUCCCUACCACACGCCGGUCCAGCAGAGUGGGAGGCUCAAUCGAAACCCCACCAUUCGAAUCAGCCGCGCCACACGGGCGAUCGAGUGGAACACGUCUCUGGACCGAGAGAUCAGGGACACCAAGGAGCUACGACACCUGGAUGAGUUCCUCGGAAACCAGGUAAAUGAUCUCCGAACAAGGAUAAAAGAGCUGUCGCCAACAGAGAACAUCUUCCUCUCAGCCACCAUGCAGUUCAGAGAGACCAUCAAAGGCAUGUACUCUGUCGAGAAGCCCCAGAUUGCCUACAAAGACCUGAUGAGAGGUUACCACAACAAGGUGAACACACUGGCUCGGCCCACUGAGAAGGCAGAAGUCUCCCUGGUGGUCAACCUGUUCCAGUCCAUGCUCGACGGCUUCAUCAGGGGCGAAAGGAAACGAAUCGAGUCCGAACCAUCGAAGGCUACUAAAGUGACAAAGAAGAGGCGGAAAAAGGACAAAUGUCUCGACAGUCCUCUGGAUCACCUGUUCAGCACCUACCAGGUGAACAUUAUGCAGUCAUGUGACUUGUGUGGCUCGUACAUCUGGGGGAUGGAGAAAGCCUACAUGUGCAGUGCCUGCAAAUUAAUAUGUCACAAGAAAUGCUUGAACAAAAUCAUCACAGAUUGCUCAACACGGCGUGCCAGACAGGAUGACAGUUUACCAGGCUCCCUUCACUUUGGGGUGCAGGUCUGUGUCCUCACCAGUAAAGCCAACCCUGUGCCCAAGGUGGUGGAAAUGCUGCUGUUGCACGUGGAGAUAAACGGCCUCUACACCGAGGGCAUUUACCGCAAGUCGGGCUCAGCCUGUCGUGCGAGGGAGCUUCACCAGAUUCUGGAGACCAAUCCUGAGUCAGCAUGUUUAGAGAACUACCCCAUCCACACCAUCACAGGUCUGCUUAAACGAUGGCUCAGAGAGCUACCUGAUCCCCUCUUGACCUUUGCCCUCUACAGUGACUUUCUUCAUGCUGCAGAGCUGCCUGAGAAAGCUGACAGAAUCAGGGCGGUGUACCAGAAGGUUGAUGAACUUCCUCCUGCUAAUUACAACACAUUAGAGCGGCUCAUCUUUCACCUCGUCAGGGUUGCAAAGGAAGAAGAGCACAACAAAAUGACAACAAGCUCUCUGGCUAUUGUGUUUGCCCCGUGCAUCCUGCGCUCUCCUGACGCUGAUGACCCCUUCCUCGGUAUGAAGGAUGUCUCGAAGACUACAACGUGUGUGGAGACGCUGAUCUCUGAGCAGUUCAGACGCUACAAUGAGAAGAUGCAGAAUAUCCAGGAGCUGGAAUAUGCCGAGGCCCUGGCUGUGAAUCAGCUCAAACUGAAGAGGCAGAACACGGUCGUUGAACAACCUUCAGUGCUGAACGUUCCAGAGGAAAUCGACGCUGAUGAAACAGAGAAGACUCUCAUCGAAAGGAUCAAGUCCAUCAAACAAGAAAAGGUGGACUUGGCCUGCAGGUUACCAGACCUGGAGCAGGAGAACUCCGACAACGACAACCUGGACUCUUCGUCAUCAAUGAGCUCCGAGAGCCUAGAAGAUCGUCUGGGGAGCCUGGAAUCUGAAGGAAAGGUGACCAUGCGAUCGAAAACGCAGAAACCCGAAUGCCCGGAAAAACCUCCUGACCUGGCGCAGAGAGUCAGGAGUCUGAUGGCUCAGACAAACGAUCAACCCAGAGAGUUCACACCGGGACAGACGACAGGUUUUACUCAGUCCAUGUGCUUCCUGCCCAGCCCAGACAACCCCUCCACCACCGACAAGCACCAGGUCGAAACAUUCAACGGGAGCUUUGACGACCAAGACAUCCCUUACAUUGAUGAAGAUGAGGAUCUUACUUGAGCGCAACAUCCCCAAGUUGUUAAUAUAAUUUAGAUUUUCUCAAGCUAACAGAAGAUGUGCACUUUGUUUUAUAGACUUUUCAUUUGUCAGUGCUGCUAUGGAGACAAAGUGCUUUGAGAACUUAUUUGUAUUUAAUGGAGAAAUCAUACAGACAGUUCCUUCAGGGAUUUUAAUCACAGAUCCGAAGAAGAACUAUCAGCAGUGACUCACUCUGUAUCUCUGCGUAUCGCUGUAUGUGAAUUUUCCGACAUAUUUCAGAAGUGUACAGGACAUAUUUUAGAAAAGUUUGGUAUUUUGGACGACUUCCUUGGAGCUCUGCAACAUCUGUAGAGAAGAAUAGAGGAACAGGACGAGGAGCAGUUUAGGAUUCAAGUACCUCCUUUACUAACAGACCAUAUUCUGAGCUGACAUCUGUUGUACAAAAAGGAGUGGGGGAGUUGUUUGUGAAAAGAAUAAUAACUACCAAAAAAUACCAUUGUACAUAAAGUGAUUCUACAUUGUACAGACUGUGAUAUUGCAUUUUGGGCUCUUGCUGAAUCAUUUGAAACUGAUCAGUUGUGUUUUUUGGCUUUUCUUUAUGCUGACUGCAGUGAGUGAUCACUGAAUUAACAAACCUACAAAGGAAAUGGUCACAAUGCUGCCAUUCAGACUGACUGAAAAUCUAUCCCUCUGUCAAUUUUCCUGUUUUUCCAAGGCUGUGCAAGUGAAUAUACAUUAAUAUUUUUUUUUAUAUGUAUGCAUGUACAUUUUAUAAGGGUUUAAGAAUUCUGUUUAUUGUGGUGAAUGUCUUCUAAUUCUGACUUUUGUUUCACCAGCUGAAUUUCACUAACCAAUUUGAGGUGUCACUCCAUGUAUUGAUAAUAAUAACUACAACUAAUAAUUUAUCCUUGAAUUAUUAAUUUGUGCAAUAGUGUAUGUCAUAUUCUGGUCGGAAAUUAGGAUUUAAGUACAUGGUAUCACCCUGACAAAAACAUACUGCAGAAAUAGAUAGAAAAUCGAAUUAAAUAGAAACUGAAUAAAAUAUCAGAGCUCUAUUUAUAUAUCUAUUAUUUAGAUAAUAUUCAGGUUGUACUUUAUUACACUGCACUAGUUUCAGACAGGUGUUCCUAAUAAAUUGAUCACGGAGUGUAUGUUAUUGGGAUUUUUUUUAAAGCUUUAUUUUCCGAAAUAGGACUAUUACUUUGUACUACCAUUCAAAUUCAAAAUUCAUGACUUUGACAUUUAGUAUAAUUAUUUCUACAGUAUGGAAUCACUGCUUUAUCUUGGAUGACAGAUCUGACUACCUCUCCCACCACUAAUGAAAAGUAGAUCAAUUAAGCACAGUAAAUACAGUAUUAUCGUUACUGUUUGACGGAAUCGUCAAGCAAAGCCCAUCUCUAAAUUCUUGGAUCCUGUUUUAUAUGCAAAAUAUUCAUGUUUCAACUUUUAAUUACACUUCUGUUACGCUAGUGGAGGUUGACGAGGUUAGGUUUGUUUUUUAGCUCAGAUGAUCAAAUAUUAAGUGUCCAUCUUGGAAGGUUUGUCUUUUAUUUUUCUUAUGUGCUUUUUCUCAAAUAAAGUUUUCCUCUGUCCA